UCAGGCUUGGAGGCGAAUGGGGCCUCUGACCGGCAACAAAGGCCGGAUCCUAGCACGUCCAAGACGAUCAACGAACGGAUCCUCAGCCAGGCUGAAGUGCAGGCUUUGCUACUCCGUCAUCCGCUGCGACAGGAGCACUGACCCUCGCGCUUUGUUCACUUUGGCCUUUGCCGGCUCUUCCUUGCCUCCUUGUUCGCAUCCUGCGGACACCGUCUCGUCCCAUUGUACCUUGGUUCAAGCUCGAGGACGAGGUUUAAGAGCUCAGCCCUUUGCUGCUACUUUGCCGUCCGCGAUCAAGCCUGGAGCAAAGGAGAUCCCUUGUGUCAGGACUCAUGGCUGAAGUUGCAGUGCCUUCGAAAGCUCUAAUGCCCGUGGCUUCCGGAAGCAUCGAGGUCCCAGAACAUAGGACUUGGGGCUUGGUUGACGACAAUUCCGAGAUGGAGUCCGUAUCAAUGGAUGGGAGGGCCAGGCUCCCGCUGGCCAAGAGCUGCUCACCAAAGACAGGCUCCUCGCCAAGCUCUGCUCCAGCGUCGCCGAGAAGCGAGGGCCGUCAACAUGGCCACAGGACCAUGCACAACAAGGCCGCCAUGGAGAGUAACAUGGCCGUAUCCCGCCGCGUGGAGGACCUCAGGCCGGGUAACAUCAAGGCUACAGGUAGAGGGGCCAGUGAUGAGCACUGCACUUGUCCUCAGCCCACCAAAGUUCCUCGACCAUGUAAUUCAUUCAUUCUGUAUCGCCAGAGCAUGUCAGCCCAGGUCACCCAGGAGAAUCCUGGGCUGUCAAAUCCAGAGAUAUCCAAGAUUAUUGGCCAAAGAUGGAAGGAGGAGUCGGAGGAGGUCCAGAAUCAUUUCAGAGCCGAGGCGCUCGAAGCAAGUCGCAAACAUCGAGAGGCACAUCCCGACUACCGAUACCAGCCGAAACGAAAAAGCAGCACCGUGGUCACGAAGGACUCGUACACAGAAGAGGAAUGUCCAAAGUGCGGAGGUAUUCGUUUCGUGAGCACUCCCGUAUCGGCGACGUCAGCGUUCAAACGCAGCAUGGAUGACCAUUUGGGUUCCGCAGACGAGGGCAGGCAGUACAGGGCGUCGAGGGAUGGGGCACGUUGGCGAGAGCAGUACUCGGCAGAUGCAUUUGAUUCGAAAAGGCGGAGGCUCGCCGAAACAGCAGACUCACGAGGUAUGGCGGCAAUCAACACGCAGCACCCCCAAGGCUACUCUGCUGGUGCUGGCGGCAGAUAUGUUCAUGUCGACACGCCCGUACCUCAUCAGCAAAGCAUGAUGCCACCACAACACCGUCAGAUGGCGCCGCCGCCUCGACCAUACGGCGGCCACCCGCCGCAAUAUGCCUUGUCUGAUGCGGCACAUCAGGCCACCCAUGCCUCACCUCAACAUAGAGAGCAGCAUCAAGGGCCUGGCGCAAAACAAUCUGGGCAUGUCGUUGACCCUCGCGACCCGACAAUGACGCUGCCGCCCUUGCAUACAGCCCUGACACCCGCCACUUCGUCCGCAUACGACCAGCUGAAGUUCAGCCAUACGCAACAGACUCCUAGCACUGCUGCGAGAUCGCGGCCUCACAUGGGGUUACCGAAUGGCCUGGAAUUGACCGACAAGACACCGAAAGAGCAAAUAGUCGGCCUUCCCCUGCAUAAAAAGCUGGUAGCCACGACCAGGAUAUCGCUACCCCUACCACGGCCGGAAGAAGGCCGAGGCGCUAUCAUCGCUGUCGAGGGCAUGGCUGGCGCAGCCUUGCGCGACGUGUCCCACGCUGUCGAGAAGGCGUUGAUUGUGUGCCAAGAGACUGUAGUGACAAGCUGGUCCAACGACUCCGAGUUCGCUGAACAGUGUGCCAAGGGCGAGAGCAUUCCCAUGUCGAAUGCACUGGCCACAAUAUUCAAGGAUAUUCUCGCGUGGCAUCGCAAGUCCGACGAGAUGACCCGCUUCGUACAGGGUGAGAGCAUUGGAGACUCGCCUGCGCGAGCCACGCAUGGAAGUCGAGGCAGCUCGCCGCGCACGGAGCAAAGCAAGACGAAGACGCCAGUCGCCCUCGUCAAGGGCGGAUACAGCGUGACAAUGUCAGAGCUCUUUGCGUGCGCCACGAGCCACGACAAGGACGCCUAUAGUCCCGUCGAUCACUGGCAGUGGAUGGCGACGCUCUGGCGCGGCAUCGUGGGACCUGAUCUCAUUGUGUAUGUUCGGAUGUGUCCCAAGGACGAGCUGGAGAAGCUGAAAACGGUCGAGUUCCAGAAAGGUCAGGGCGUCAUGAUGGUCCGUCUUCCAUUGGAUGGGCAGUUGGACGACGCGACGGAGCGACGGCUCAACUUUGAGAUCAUUGAAUGGGUGACUGACGUGUGGCCUCGGAUGUUGCCCAGUGAGAAGAGCAAGGAGUAGGCAUGUUGGGGGUGUCCAAUGCGUGGAGGCGUUUGAUGGCGGAGAUGGUCAUUCCUGGGGAGUUGUAUGAGCGUUCAGUUGGUGUGAUUUUGGAUCUAGUUGAGAAACGAGGUACAAGUAUUCGCAUCUAAUAAGUACGUAGUAUGAAACCUGCGACCACGAGGAAUUGAAAUCAAACAAACGAACUUGCCCACGUCGUGAACUCGGAGAAGUUGAGCUGUAAAUACAUGUGGCUCAGCUGGUCGUCGAAGCCACAGGCCUUAUCGAUAGACCCGGGCGGGAGUCG